UAUCGCUUCUAAUUUUCCGCGAAUCUCCGAUCAAUCUCGCUAGUUCAAAUAGCCCUAAAUUUGCCGAUCUAGGCUUCACGCCGGAACCCACUCACUCUCUCGCGGAGAAGAAGAAGAAGAAGAAGAUGGGAAUAAUACGGAGCAGCUUCUCUUUCCUCACGGGAACAGUGUGCGGAAUCUACAUCGCCCAGAACUACAACGUUCCCAACAUCAAGCAGCUUGGCCGCUGCGCCGUCUCGAUGGCGAAGCAACUUGAGGAGAAAUAUCGAAAACCCAAAAGUAGAGACGACGACGUUUGACAGAUUCCACUUCCUUCUCCUUCAAAAUCAAUCUUUUUUUUUUCUCCUGAUAAUUUUGGUACUUUGUUGUGGGAUUGUAAAUUCAGAGAAAGUCAACAAUCAAAUAGAAUCAAAUGAAAAUUCUUUUUCUCA